AUGGCGGCGUGUUGGGGGCGGCGUGGCUGCUGUGCGCACUUUGGCUCGCGGCCCUCUGCGGCGUCGCCGUGCCUCCUCCUCCUCCUCGUCCUUCUGCUGCUGCUGCUGCUUCCGUUACCCCCGCACAGCGCAGCCGCCCAAGCCGCAGCAAUUCCUGACACCCCAGUGAAGAUUUUGAUGUUGAAGAGAAGUGAACUUGGCGUAUUCACUCCAAUGUCUAUCGCAUUUUACGCCGGCCUGCAUGCAUCACUGAGGGCGCACAACUCCACGGCUUCGGACGACGUUCGCGUUGAAAUUGUCGAAAGGGAAACGACGUUGGACGACUACGUCACCGUUCUGGAGGACGUGAUGGAGAAGGAGAAGGACAUUCUCGCUAUUCUGGGCCAGUUCGGUGACACUUCCGUGAGGAAGGUGCUUCCAGUUUUGCCUCGCUAUGACCUCGUCUCUUUUGCCCCAAUAACCGGGUCGAGUUUGGUUCGUGGGUGGAACCCCAACUUGUACUUUGUGCGCGCUGACCCUGCGGCCGAGCUGCUGGCACUUCUCCGCUACGCCGUGAUGCAGCUGCGGGUGCUUCGGCUGGGCUUCAUGUACCUGCAGGGCGUCCUUUUUGGUGAAGAGGAAUAUGAGCAGGCACAUGAUGUGCUGUCGGCGAUGGGCUACGACUUCUGCGGUGUCUUCGCCGUGAAAACCGCUUCGAGUGGUGAGGCCGACCCUAACGAGUUCGACGAUGCGUGGGAGCGGUUUGCCGCCACUCGGCCGCAGGCGGUGAUUGUGUUUGGCUGGCCGACGGCAGACAGCAACAGAUUCAUUAAGAGGAUGCUGACGGACAGGCGCACCGCCGGCGCGUACAUGCUGGCUCCCUUUUUGUUGCAGCCAUUUGUUUUGGAACACGUGGCGCGCUGCCGUGGCUGGUGGUGUCAAGUUUGUGCCCGGGCAGGUGAUCACGACGGGGACGAACCCGCUGGCGAGGGACGCAACGUACGACGCCAUCCAGCGCUUUCAGGUGGCGAUGCGGGAUUACCUGAAGAACAGCGGGCAGAGAGACUACAAGGACACGGAGCAUUUCCUCAAUAA